UCGGAGGAGUCGGAACAUGCUGCCGGGGCCGUGUGGAGCUCCCGAAGUGUCCCGGAAAAGAGGUGCUGAGCCGGGCCUGCUGCCGAGGCACGUCUCGGAGAGGAAGCGGGCCUGCUGGGGAAUUCUGACCAGCCAAGGAAGGACAAACAGGAGGAGUGGAGGGAUUCUGCUUAAUUCAAAAUGUCCUAUAUCUACCAGUGGCUGGAUGUGCCGUGGGGAGACGGAGAUAUGGGGUCCUGGGCAGAUCGUUCUCCUCUCCAUGAAGCAGCUUCUCAGGGUCGGCUGCUUGCCCUGCGCACUCUGCUGGCCCAGGGCUAUCACGCCAACAUUGUCACCAUUGAUCAUGUGACUCCUCUUCACGAAGCCUGUCUAUCAGGACACGUCGCCUGUGUCAGAGCUUUACUAAAUGCUGGAGCUAAUGUGAACGCUGCUACCAUUGAUGGUGUCACUCCUCUGUACAACUGCUGUGCGUCGGGGAGCAUCGGCUGUAUGGAACUGCUCCUGCAGAGCGGCGCACACACACGUGCGUCUCACACACACUUCCCCUCAGCUUUGCACGAAGCCUGCAAGAGAGGUAACAGCCACUGUGUGGAGGCCCUGCUGUCUCAUGGAGCAGAUCCAGAUUAUGAAGUUUCCCACCUGGGCUCUCCUCUGUAUGUGAGCUGUCUGCACCGACACACAGCCUGCUCACAGGUCCUGCUGCACAGAGGAGCAGAUGUAAGUGUGGGCAGAGGGGGCGACAGCCCUCUGCAUGCGGCUGUCAGACAGGACAGCGCAGAUCAGGUGUCACUGUUGCUCGACUACGGGGCGAAUACUAACUUCCGAGACAGCAACAAUCAGCGGCCGGUGGAGCUGGCGCCCCCUGGUGGGAAAACACACCAGCUGCUGCUGGCCUUUGAAGCUUCUCCAAGGAGUCUCUGCCAGUUGUGUCGUCUUCAGAUCAGAAAUCUGAUUGGGCGAUCCAGACUGAACUUUCUCCCUGUGCUUCCUCUGCCCAGCCCGCUCACUCACUACCUGGAGUACAGAAGCAACGAGCAGUGACGCCACCAUGCACGCUAAUAUCACGCCGUGGUUUACACCGAGUCCGCCGACAUUUCACACGAGAACACGCAGACCUUCUGCUGCAUGCUGUACUCGCUCUGUUGCACAGCAGAUUACUUUCAUAUCGCCAUAACUGACGAUCUGUUUUUUUCACUAGGACUUUAGUUACAAUGGGGACAGUUUGUCUCUGUGUCUUAAACAGAAUUUGAUUGUUUUUCUUCCUUUUGUUUAGCUUUCCUAAUGACUCCUCAUGAACUUUAGGUGUGUUGACCCUGUGCUGAAAUGACUGCUGUUUGUUCUGCUGGUCUUAUCAGGUCUGAGUCUGUAGGUCUCGCCGUAGCUUGGCGAUGGACAGUCUUCACCAUGAUUGUGCUGGCAGUUUUAGAGUAAUCCUAAUGGAGCUUUGGGGGUUUCAGAGCUGGAGCUGAGCGCCUGUUUCAGCCAUCAUUGUAGUUUCAUUGUUCUGGCUCAACUUCACCUGCUUCCAAGGGUCACGGAGAAGACAAAGAUCUGACGACGGGAUGACCCUGAUGUCGCUCACCUAAUAAAGUUGUUUAAGUGUCGCUGGAGUCUUCACAUCACUCCUCCUGACUGAGCCAAUCAGGAGCCAGGAGGAACAGUGACUUGGAUGAAUAUAUUUCAUGAAUGUCCUGGACCCCAGUGUGAUGGUACCUGUCCUCCAUCAUUGCUGUUACCGUCUGAAUUCAGUCCAACACAGAACAGAAAUAUACUGGAUAACUCUGAGCACCCUGCAUGACUUACUUUGUGAUUUCACAUGUAUUUAUUCAUUUCACUUCAGCUUCGUGUGUAUUUUUUAAUCUUUCUGAGCUGCUUGUUUUGUGAUGUCAUAUUUAUUUUAUGGAGUGAAGCUGUUUUCAUGUUGUGACUGCUGUAAUGGGAUCAUUUCCCAACAUUUGGGAUGAAUAAAGUGUGUCAUAUUUAA